AUGGUGUUCAACCGCCCCGGUAUUGCUUCUAUGUCCUUAGGCCGGCCAUGGAUUCACGAUCUCCCCGGCAAGUUGAUACAAGCGGCAGCACACGGAUUUGAAGGAAUCGAACUAUUCUUCGAUGACCUGGACUGCUAUGCCCAGCGUGUAUUUGGUGGUGACCACCACGAAGCCGCGCGGACAGUGCGGCGACUCUGCGAGCGACUGAGUCUUACUAUCAUCUGCCUGCAGCCAUUUUCAUUCUACGAGGGGCUUAUCGACCGAGCCGAGUCCAACCGGCUCGUCAGCGAGAAACUCGCCAAGUGGUUUACUAUCGCCCGGGCACUGGGUACAGACCUGAUCCAAGUGCCAUCGAACUUCCUCGGGCCAGACCCCAAGACCGGGGCCGCGCGUACAACCGGCGACCGCGGCGUUAUUGUGCGUGACCUCCUACGGCUAGCGGACCUGGGCGCCGGCGCCGGGUUCCGUUUCGUCUAUGAGGCCCUGUGCUGGGGUGACCACGUCGAUACCUGGGAGGCUUCGUGGGAGGUGGUGCGCGACGUCAACCGGCCAAACUUCGGGCUGUGUCUGGACUCGUUCAACAUCGCUGGCCGCGUCUAUGCCGACCCGGCUGCUCCCUCUGGUCGAACACCCAACGCAGCGGCCGAUCUGGCGGCUUCGCUGGCGCGGCUGCGUACGGCCAAUAUCGAUCCCGCCAAGAUCUUUUAUGUCCAGCUCGUUGACGGCGAAAGAUUGUCUGCUCCGCUCGACGAGACCCAUCCGUUCCAUGUUGCCGGGCAGCCUGUUCGCAUGUCGUGGUCCCGAAACUCUCGUCUAUUUCCCUUCGAAGAGUCUCGUGGUGGCUAUCUGCCAAUCCUCGACGUCGCCCGGACUUUCUUCGACGAUCUUGGCUUCCGGGGAUGGGUCUCUCUUGAGCUUUUCAACCGCUCUCUCGCCGAUCCUGAUCCCUUUACCCCUGCCGAUCAUGCGCGCCGAGGCAUCGAGUCAUAUCACAAGAUGGCCCGUGUUUUGCGGUGGGAGAGCCACGAUGAGAAAAGCGCAGUGUCAGUCCCGGCGCCCACGUCUCCCGUUCAACAUCGUCUUUAA